ACGGUAUUGGAUUCAAAACAAAAACAGCUGUUAGCCAAUAAAUAAGUUGGCCACACUAAAAUAAUAAUAUGCAACAUUUGAGAAAUAAGAAUUUGUUGACAAUCUAAAAAAUGAAGGAUUAUUACACCUGGACAUAUCCCGAUGUUCCUGAAAAUGUCGCCCAGGAACUGCUGCAGCUGGAGAACUCAAUGGUGGUGGUUGGAAUAGUUGGCCGGUCGAAAUGCGAGAGGGCCAACAAGAUGCAGGCGUUUGGCAUGAGUCCGCCAAUGGAACACACGCCGGCUGACGGUCAGGUACAAUGCUACUAUAAACGGGGCACCUCCUGCAUCUUCCUCCACUUCGAAACCACUUACGACGAGCCGAUCCUGCACCGGAUGAUAGAGGACUCGAUGGCGGAUCACCAGAACGCUUUUGAUUUUGACCAUUUCUAUGAGCAAAUGCGUUCCCGUUUUGUGCGCAUGAUGCUGCUGGCCUUGCACACGUGCCACAUCAUAGUCUAUGUGGAAACCGGACCAACGUUCGACCCAACGCUUGUGACCGUGUUCCAGCUUCUGAAAUUUUCUAGAGAGCAGCACUUGAAGCAGUUUCUCCCGCAGAUGCUUAGGGAUACUCCCGCCGCCAAGUUAGGAGAGAAGUCUCGGUUGUGUGCUCCUAGAAUACUUUUUCUGUUUGAGAACUUUCCCUCUGACGAGUUAAAGACGCGGGAGAAUGUCUCUGCGUAUGAGUUUCAAACUGAGGACAACAUUUACGAAAUGCUACGCCACCAUCACAUUUUCACCAACAGUAGCCCUAGCUCCUUGGUUGCGUUGCCCAACAACAAGCAGUUUGUCUACUUCAAUGCCCACGAAGAGCUUCACCCGGACUAUCUGCUUAAGGCUAUCGACUGCCUAAACAAGACAAUGUUCAAGCCAGAUAUGAGGGAGGAGGAGGAGGACCUGGAGAUCCUUGAGCUGGCGCCAUUUGAAGGCUUUUGCAAGCCCUUCGGGCCACCGGGAGAACGUGAUGUGGAGGCGCAGCAGUACAAGCGACAGCACACAGCCUGGCACUUUCUGCAGCGUCACAUCCAGGAUGCCCUGCACGGCUGCUUCGAUGAGGGAUCUUUUAAACAGUUGCCCCAUCUGGGACAAUUUCAACUGCUUAGCUUUCCAGAGUGGCAGGGAUGCAUGGACACGCUUACCCAGCUGCUGGUAGAGAAUGCAAAGGAUACAAAUUUCGAGACCAAUAACGAGGAAUAUAAAAACUUUCUUCUAAACUUCGAAGACAGCCUGAAUUAUGAGAAAAAAUUCUGGGCCCAUUUGUGCGAGCUGGGAUUGAAGAAGGGCAUUUCCUCAUACAAGAGUUCUGCUCCCGCCAAUUAUGGAAGUGCCACUCACCGCAAGCUCUUGGCGGAGGCCACAAUUGCCUUCGAGGAGGAGGGACGUGGGCCGCCGGCACAGGCGGCGCUGGCCAGGAUGGCAGCUAUUUGCCUGAAGCACUGGCAGGACGGCCGCCAACAAUGCGAGAAGCUAAGCCUACGCUCCCAGCCAUGUACCUUGCCCAAAGAUGUGCCUCACGACAAGCACAACAGUGGAGUGAUCCACAUCUCGAGCUGUAAUUGCGGCAGAACGCAGGGCAGGCGGGAAGACCCGUUUAACCUGCGGCAGGCCAACUACGAUUUCUACGAGCUCAUUGCCCAGAUCUGCAACCUUUGUGUGAAGGUGAAGCAGUACCAGUUCCCCAUAUUCGAACCUUCCGUGAGCGAUUACCGAGCGGCAGCAUUUGAUGCUGCGUUCCCCAUGCUUAACACCGGCAAGAUCUGCACGCCACAGGGCGAGGACGAGAACGAAGAUGGGGAAACAGAGGAGGCAGACGAGGAUACUGAGGAAAAGGAACAAGCUGAGGGCGAUAACUGCUCCCAGCAGCUUUCACCCACUUUUGGCUCCGAUCUGAACAUGUCUAUAGCUGGAUUUGGGGCAUCGCUAAAUGAGUCCCAGGAGAGCUCUGAGCAACUGUCUGGGUCGGAGCAUGAAUCCCCCAACAGUGGAACUUCUAGUGCGGACACGGAAAACGAACUGGUCCUUCAAAUAAAAGAGCCCGCCCGAAAAGAGUCCACUCCAACGGGCGGCUUUUCUACAUCAACAACGGAGUACCUGCCCGGUUUAGUGCACACGGUCAGCGACUUUGGUCUCUUGCCACUGUUCCCCAGUUGGUCUCUGGCGUGCGUAGGUCCCAGCUCCAUUUACAGCCACAACACCGGGCUGCAGGAGCACUUCCAAAGCGGAUUCUUGUCUGGAGCUAACUUCCUGCUGCCAUGGGAUGUCCUUCUAAGACUGGUGCACGCCAACAAGCAUCACCAACAACACCACCACAACAUGCAUCUUCAGCAGCAUCCCGGAAAGAAACAGCAACGCUGGAAGAAGCAAGGCGACCGAUUGUCCAUCAAGAUCUUCGUGGGCAUGGAGUACGAGUGCUCGCGCGGCCACAGGUUCAUGAUGUGCGCCCCAGAUCGCGUGCUUCGCGGUGGGGCGGACAUCGAGAGGGACACCUGCAACAAGGUGGUGCACAGCAACAUGCCCCUCUACUAUCCCUGCCCCUGCCGCUCGCAAAGCAACUACCUGGCCCAGCUAAUGCGCAUCCACGUGGUCACCCCCAAGGCGCCGGUAAACAUAAUCGUGGAUCCAAAAGUAUGUGUCGGCAAGUACACCUUCACAUUGGGCACCAUCAUUCCACCGCGACUAUCGCAGAGUGCCUACUGGAUCCUGAGACUGCCCUUCGUCUACCAAGGCGACAAUGUGAUGAUAGCUCCGCCGGAAAAACUGGAUCCUGACAACCCGAUGGCCGGAGGAUACCUGCUGCCAGGAAUGUUUGGUGUGGCCGAGACCGAUGCCAACAUGGAUCUGAGCAAUCCCAGCCGAAUGGGAUCAACGGCAGGCACCUUUAUCAGGAUUUAGUUCCCACAUCAGAUCUGUUCAGAGCCAGUCUGAAAUAAAACACACUUUUUUAAUAA